GCGCCGGUUCCGCCCCCGUCGGGUGUUUGUGGUGGGGCUGCGGAGUCGCCGAUCCCGCCGGAAGCACCAGGACAAUGGGGACCCGGGACGACGAGUACGACUACCUAUUCAAAGUGGUGCUCAUCGGGGACUCAGGCGUGGGGAAGAGCAACCUGCUGUCACGCUUCACCCGCAACGAGUUCAACCUGGAGAGCAAGAGCACCAUCGGCGUGGAGUUCGCCACGCGCAGCAUCCAGGUAGACGGCAAGACCAUCAAGGCGCAGAUCUGGGACACUGCCGGGCAGGAGCGCUACCGCGCCAUCACCUCCGCCUACUACCGUGGCGCCGUGGGCGCGCUGCUGGUGUACGACAUCGCCAAACACCUGACGUACGAGAACGUGGAGCGCUGGCUGAAGGAGCUGCGGGACCACGCCGACAGCAACAUCGUCAUCAUGCUGGUGGGCAACAAGAGUGACCUGCGCCACCUGCGGGCUGUGCCCACUGAUGAGGCCCGCGCCUUCGCAGAAAAGAACAACCUGUCCUUCAUUGAGACCUCAGCUCUGGAUUCCACCAACGUCGAGGAGGCCUUCAAGAACAUCCUCACAGAGAUCUACCGCAUCGUGUCGCAGAAGCAGAUCGCGGACCGCGCAGCCCACGACGAGUCCCCUGGCAACAACGUCGUGGACAUCAGCGUGCCGCCCACCACCGACGGACAGAAGCCCAGCAAGCUGCAGUGCUGCCAGAACCUGUGACCGCCCGCCGCCUCCGCGCCUGCGUGCACGUCCUAGUCCUCCCCCCCCCCCACCCCGCGCCGUCCUCCGGGCCCCGCCCUCCCUGUCCCUCUGUGACUGGCUCCCGCCCUGCCCCUGAGCGCACGGCCAGCCCGGGGCCAGGGGAGAACAGGAGUCCAGCGGCACCUCCUGUCCCGCCCGAGAAAAGCUAGAAGCCCCGGCUGCUGCACCUGCUCUUCUGGGGGCCCAGGGGGCCUCUCGGCAGGGCGGGGAGGGAGGCAGGACGGACAGGGCCGGCCAGAGGCAAGGGAGAUGGGCACACCGAGCAGGCUUCUCCAGCUUUCCGCGGCAGACUCCAGGAAGCGAUUGCUUCCCCCUCUCUCUGGCCAGUGGGCCCAGCUGGCCCCGGGUCCCCAUCCAGAACCCCCUCCGGGCAGAGAGCAAAGCGCCAGGGGCCUGGGGCAGGCGGACACUUCGCUCGCAGCCCGCUGCCCCCGCGCGGCCAGAGCACGCGCCUCGACCCCUCCCGUGCGCACGCGCGCCUCCAGCUCCUGCCUGUAGAUGUGUGCUGGGAGACCGGCUCCCCGUCUCGCCCCCCCCGUUCUGCACGCAGCGCGCUCGCCCUGCCUCCCCGGGCCCCCCUCUGUCUUGUCUCCCCGUCCGGUCAGGAACCCGUUUGCAAGUGAAGCAAUAUCUCCGUGUUUUGUACAUACGACCGCUCCUUGUAGCCUUUGGUUUUUGUUAUUGUAGAGAAACACAGAUUCUUUAUACACUUUGUAAGAUUUACGCCAAACCCCAGCUCUCGAUCUCUUCUUCUCCCUGUGGCUCCCGCACUGUUGCCCCGAUGCCUCGUUUCUCUCGCCCGUUACUGAAAUGUAUAAUCCGACUUCCUGUACAGAAACCUGC